AUGCUACGUGCAUAUUUCCAGGAUGAGCCACUGAUGAUUGUACAUGAAGGAGACCUAGCACUUCACAAACAUGCUACACAAAGUUCAACAUUUGACACCUACGAUGCUGGAAGAGCAGUGGAUGGAACUCCAGGGAGAGAUGUAUCAGAUGGACACUGUACAUACACAGGUAAUGGACAGAGUCAGGCAUGGUGGAAGGUUGACCUGGGUCAGGUGUACGGAAUACAGAUGAUCAACAUCACCUACAGACACAACUAUACAUUUAGACUUUCCGGUUAUUACCUCUACGUCACUAAUCAUACAGAUAUGACACACGGAGAUGGAAGUAUCAAUGUAACUCUCGGAUAUUUGUGUUACCAUGAUAACGGCCCUAGAUACCCGUCAUACAUCCAAUCACACAACUGUACAGUCAGUGGUAGAUACGUCGUCUUCUACAAUAAACGACCGGCAGAGUCUGUACCAACACAUCAUGACUCAAGUUAUUCGAAUAGCGAGGCAUCUAUCGAGUUGUGUGAAGUCCAGGUAUUCCAUGGAUGUCCUGUGGGUCAGUUUGGAGACGAUUGUGGAUUUACGUGUCAUUGUGCUGAAGGAGACUGUGACUCGGACACUGGAAUAUGUGACGUGAGACGAUGUCAAACGGGCUGGCGAGGACCCAGCUGUUAUGUACCAUCAGAGUGUACCAAUCAGACGUUCGGGCAAGACUGUAACAAGACAUGUCAUUGUGCUAGUCCUGGCUGUGAUAGGAGGAAUGGGACAUGUACUAAACCAGGUUGUAAAGAUGGAUGGUUUGGAGACACAUGUAGUACAGAGUGUACCAACCACACGUUCGGACAGAACUGUAACAAGACCUGUCAUUGUGUUAACUCUGGCUGUGACAGAAGGAGCGGGAUCUGUACUAAACCCGGUUGUACUGAAGGAUGGUCCGGAGACACAUGUACUAACGAGUGUACCAACCACACGUUCGGACAGAACUGUAACAAGACCUGUCAUUGUGUUAACUCUGGCUGUGACAGAAGGAGCGGGAUCUGUACUAAACCCGGUUGUACUGAAGGAUGGUCCGGAGACACAUGUACUAACGAGUGUACCAACCACACGUUCGGACAGAACUGUAACAAGACCUGUCAUUGUGUUAACUCUGGCUGUGACAGAAGGAGCGGGAUCUGUACUAAACCCGGUUGUACUGAAGGAUGGUCCGGAGACACAUGUACUAACGAGUGUACCAACAACACGUUCGGACAGAACUGUAACAAGACCUGUCAUUGUGUUAACUCUGGCUGUGACAGAAGGAGCGGGAUCUGUACUAAACCCGGUUGUACUGAAGGAUGGUCUGGAGACACAUGUACUAACGAAUGUGUCGGCAACACGUUUGGACGGAACUGUAACGACACCUGUCAUUGCGCAAGCCAUGGCUGUGACAGGAGAAGUGGAAUAUGUGCUAUACCCGGAUGUACGAAAGGAUGGACUGGAGACAAAUGUAGUCAAGGAUGUACCAAUCAAACGUACGGACGAGAUUGUAACCAGACCUGUCAUUGUGCUAGUUUUGACUGUGACAGGAGGAAUGGGAUAUGUAACAUACCCGGAUGUACGGACGGAUGGACCGGAGACACAUGCAGUCAAGGUGUUGAUAGUUGA